GUGGCCUUCGACAUCAUGUGCUCCACCACCUCCAUCCUCCACCUCUGCAUCAUCAGCCUGGACCGGUACUGGGCCAUCGCCAGCCCCUUUCGCUAUAAGCGCAGGAUGAUGCAGCGCCUUGCCUGCGCCAUGAUAGCUGUGGCCUGGGCCCUCUCCAUCCUCAUCUCCUUCGUCCCAGUGCAGCUACGCUGGCAUAAAGCCAAGGACGUGAGAUACCCAGGCUCCUGGCUGCCUGGGAUGCCCCGCUGUGAUAUCAGCCUGAACCGCACUUAUGCCAUCACCUCCUCCCUUAUCAGCUUCUACAUCCCCGUGGCCAUCAUGAUCAUCACCUAUACCAGGAUCUACCGAAUUGCCCAGGCCCAGAUCCGCCGCAUCUCCACCCUCGAGCGAGCAGGGGGGCAGUGGCCAGCUCACGGCAAGGAGCCCACCUCCUCUUUGCGGAGUUGCCUGCGCAAGGAGACCAAGGUGCUGCAGACCCUCUCUAUCAUAAUGGGAGUCUUCGUUUGCUGCUGAUUGCCCUUCUUCCUGCUCAACCGCCUGCUGCCUUUCUGCCAGCCCAUGCUGGAGAGUGACCACAAAGGGCAGUCACCCUGCGUUGGCCAAACCACCUUCAACAUCUUUGUGUGGUUUGGCUGGGCCAACUCCUCAGUGAAUCCAGUGAUCUAUGCUUUCAACGCAGACUUCAGGCGGGCUUUCAGCAACCUGCUGGGCUGCCGGUGCUUCUGCUGUGGCACACCCAGAUCCACUGUGGAGAGAGUCAACUUCAGCAAUGAGCUGGCUUCCUAUCACCAUGACACCACCUGCCAGAAGGAAGGAGCUGCCUCAUCGUCAGUACCCGCCCCUGCCAUCACUGCCUGGGUGCAGCCCGUACCCCGUGCCGUAAGCUUUCAGGGAGAGGACAGCAGUGAGGAGAUGUCUAUGGAGAAGAGGCCUGUGACUUCUCAGACACAGGCUGCCCCUGGCAGCAGCCCCAAGAGUCGUCAGGUGCCAGCCAUUUUGCAAUUUGAUUGCGAGGCAGAGAUACCCCUGGAAACUAUUCCACCCUGUACGGGGCUCGGUCAAUGUGAGGGACCCCAUCACCCUGUUCCAGAGGGAUAA